AUGCUGACUUGGAUUCUCCAAACAGUCAAGGUUCAUAUCAAGUCCCGCAUCGUCACCGUUGAGGGCCCCCGUGGCAAGCUUGUGAAGGACCUGUCCCACUUGGCUGUCAACUUCUCCCAGCCGGUUAAGGGCACCAUCAACAUUGAGAUCCACCACGGCUCAAGAAAGAACGUUGCCACCCUCCGCACCGUCCGCACCCUCAUCAACAACCUGAUCGUCGGUGUCACCAAGGGCUUCAAGUACAAGAUGCGCUACGUCUACGCCCAUUUCCCCAUCAACGUCAACCUGGAGAAGGACUCCGAGACUGGUCUGUGGGAGGUCGAGAUCCGCAACUUCAUUGGCGAGAAGCUCGUCCGCAAGGUCAUCAUGCGCGAGGGCGUCGACGUCGAGGUCUCCAAGGCCCAGAAGGACGAGCUCGUCCUCUUCGGCAACUCCCUCGAGGCUGUCUCCCAGUCCGCUGCCGAUAUCCAGCAGAUCUGCAAGGUCCGCAACAAGGAUAUCCGUAAGUUCUUGGACGGCAUGUACGUAUCCGAGAAGGGCAACGUUGAGGAGGAGUCUUAA